AUGUCAUUGAAUUUUGCAUCAACUUUUCUCAAUCGCCACCACUACGACAACCACAACUACAACGUCUACGACUACCACAACCUCAACUACGACGACUACGACUACUACGACAUCAACUACAACAACAACAACUACCACUACUUCAACCACAACAACUACAACUACGACGACGACUACAACUACGACUACAACAACAACAACAACUUCCACCACAACUACUACUACUACAACCACAACAUCAACAACAACGACGACGACGACUACGACUACAACUACCACAACUACUACAACCACAACUACAACUACGACGACGACUACGACUACGACUACGACUACGACUACUACGACUACGACUACUACAACUACUACUACAACUACUACUACUACUACUACCACCACGACAACCACGACAACAACAACAACUACGACAACAACCACCACAACCACGACGACAACUACCACAACCACUACGACAACCACGUCAACAACAAGCACGAGCACUUCGACAACGAGCACAGAAGCUCCAACCACGACCACUAUCCCCCACACAACUGCGGAAGAAACAACCACAACUCUUCCCCAUUACUGCAACACAACAUGCAGCUGCGAAUGUGUUCAGGAAAAGCUCAAAAUCUCAAAGACGUGAUGCUCUACUCAGAACCUUCCUUCGGAAAUCGCCAAAUGGUGAAAAUGAAGUACAUAGGCGACAAGGGCGUUAUGGUCCAAAUCGCGACGAAAGCGGUAACGGAUGCGGUACUGCAGUACCAGCAGUACUGGGUCAUUUCGAAGAACGUCUGCACUGGCCCGGGCCUGACUCUCUUCCGAGAAGGAGGCUUCAAUAUGACUGUGUUGGAGACGCGAGACAAAGGAUACGAGGGCGAAAUCACCAACUACAACUCGAUGAAGAGUCUCUACUACCGAAACCGAAAGGACGAGGCCUCCAAGCACCGUUCCGUCACUUUCGGCUUCACGGCCGACAAGGUGAAUCCAGAUCCAACUGCCAACUCGAAACGUGAUCAGUACCUGGCGUACUUGGGAUUCGAGCAGGGCUUUGGCGACAUUACCACUGAGCAACUCUGGGCUUGCAUUCAAGGUGCGAAGCCGGUGACGAUCCUCCCGAGUCCAGGAGUCUCGAUGGAGUGCGACUACUCUGAAUGCAUCGGCGAGUUUGUCACUGUCGGUUGGUAA